AUGGAUGCCAACUUGUUUCUCUUUCAGACGGUGAUUGUGGGUGAUGAUUGGGGCGAACUAGCGGUGCCUUUGAUCCAGACCUAUCCAGCAACUGCCUGUAUUUUCGUGGGCUCCUUUCUCACGAUCGUUUUUGGAGUGCUCAAUUUGAUCAUGGCCUUGGUGGUGCACAGCUUUCAGGACAACGACCGAGCCAGUGAAGUCGAAGCGGAUCGGAGGACGUUGGCAAACCUCUUCGCACACCUGGAAACCGACCAGUCUGGCCAGAGCCAGGAGAGGGACCUUGAUGACAGCGACUUGCAGAUGUUGUUCGAAAUGAUUGAUUGGGAUGGUCGUGGUGCCAUUGAGGCCUCAGAUUUUGUGAGUUGCCUCAGCUGCUUUGCACACGAUUCCAAGAGGACACCACGGUUCAUCAAGUACAACUUCAUGCAGUCCAUGAGAAGUCAAGAAGAUCUGUAUGCUUCUGGGGCUGGAAAGAAAUCGCCACCUAAACCGCCUAAACCUGAGAUUUCUUUGCCGGGGUGGGCCAUUCUGUGCGGUCCGAUUCAGAGAUGUUCUGAUGGAUGCUCAUCUUGCAGGCUGACCUGUUUAAAACAUGCCCCCCUCGGGGAUCUCCUGGUUCAGCGUAAUGGUCACUAAGGGUCACCGGAUGGGGGAGCUUUGAAUGGGCUGGAAGGUUUGCGCCAUGGUAGUGGAGACUUAGUACUUACAUAUUAUGUACUUACUCUCAACUGCCAGGACCCAUCUACAGGACAUCAAGGAGUGUUCUGCAGUACCCCAAGAGUUGGGGAUGGUGACCCUUAGUAACCCA